CCCAAGCAUGUUCCUUGAAGUUUUGAGAAGAUGUCGUUAUAUGCAAUAUGUUGCUGCCAUUUCUGCUACACUCGCUGCUGCAUCUGUUGGAAUGCAAGUCACCUGGUCAAGCCCCACUUUACCAAAACUAACCUCGGAUUCUUCUCCGAUAGGAGUCACUAUCACAACUGAAGAGGGAUCAUGGGUUGCAUCCGUUUUUGUCUUAAGCAUGACUUUAAGCGCGCCAUUCGCGAAUAUAAGUGCAGAGCUAUUGGGUCCGAAAUUCGCCUUGCUCUUCUCAGCGUUACCCACUUUCGUCGGAUGGAUGUUGUGCAUUUAUGCGAAUUCGGCCGCAAUUUUGAUUGUGGGACGAUGCGUCGGUGGGUUUGGGGCCGGAAUUUCGGUCGUGAUUAUUCCAAUGUACAUUGGAGAAAUAUCGUCCAAGGACAUACGUGGGAGAUUGGCAUCGCUUUAUAACAUCGUACGGUUGUGCGGAAACCUCUUUGUUUUGACAGUCGGUCCGUAUGUGUCCUACGAAGCUUUGACAUGGUCUUGUAGUGGAGUGUCUGUAAUUUUUCUCUUCACAUUUGCCUUCAUGCCCGAGUCUCCUUAUUACCGCGCGAAGAAAGGAGACGAAGUGGGGGCUAAGAAAAACUUAAGUCGCUUAUCAGGCAUUGGUAACCUAGACGACCAGUUGCAAGAAAUCAAGUUCACGAUAGAACACGACUUCAACAACAAAGGAAGCUGCUUGGAUUUGAUCACCAAAAAAGAUUAUCUGUUUCCUCUAGCAAUUCUGCUAGUUGUCAAGACAACACAGCAGAUGUGUGGAUUGGGUGCUGUUUCGUCAUACUUUCAGACCAUUAUCGGCGCCAGUCAUAGUAGCAUCACCCCAGAGGUCUCUAGUAUGAUUGCAGGAUCCGUUCAACUUCCUACUGCAAUUCUCGCCAUGGUCCUAGUGGAGAAAUUAGGCAGGAAGGUUUUGUUUUUGACGUCAGGAAUUGCGUGUGGCUUAGCUCUUACUGCUGAAGGCGUAUUCUUUUACAUACAGAACGAAAUGCAUGGCGACUUGUCCAGUAUCAGUUGGCUGCCUACUACCGCCUUAAUACUCUACCUAAUUAUGAACUCUUUUGGUUUGAAUGCAAUCCCAUAUGUUUUGAUGAGCGAAAUGUUGUCGACCAACAUGAAGGCGGCCGCUCUUUCGAUCACUAUGGCGUAUGGUGGACUUACGGCGUUUCUCGUCAUCAAGUUUUUUAUGCCCAUUUCGAUAUCCUGGGGCAUGCAUGCAACGUUUUGGAUGUUCGCGGGUUUUUGCUUCGUCGGCGCACUCUGCACACACUUCGCUCUACCUGAGACGAAAGGACGAACAUUUGAUGAGAUCCAAAGCGAAUUGAAAAAACGGGGCAGAUCGCUAACAUGUGGCCGACAAUAAAUUAACCCCCACUAACUCAUAGAGUAAUAAAGGACAAGGAAGCAGGUCUAAAUAGUGAUCAAAAAUUCAAUUGUGCAGUGUUCGUAGUUGAGAUCAGGAAGAAUUGAAUGAAUAAAACUAGGUGCAAAUAAUUGUGGCUGCCAUUUCGACUUGGAGUGGUGU